GGACAGGCUCACCUCCCGUUCAAUGGCCUCCUGUUUUCUCCAUUUUUUAAAUAGAUGAAGGACACGUGUAAGUGAAGCAAUCCAAAGGCUAAAAAAGAACCCACAAAGCAAGUUACUCUCUCUCCGUCUUCCUCUCUCUAAAACUCCAGAACUGAGUAUUUCUCAGUAAAUUGUCUUGUUCCUUCCUUCAUCUUCUACACAAAGAUGGUAAAAAUCCAAAAAGCAGUGCACAAAUCUCCAGUACUACAGCAAUUACUGAAAAAAUCAACUAUCUCCAUUAGUCUCUAUGUCUAGCUCUAUUCAGAGCUGAGCAUCAAACGCUCCAAGAUAAGACCUUACUUGAGAAGAUCGGUGCUUGCCAGAGAAGAAAGGGCGAAAUUGGGACAUUGGAUGAAAUAUUCCAUGGGAUCUCCAACAAGAUCAGGGAAAGGAAAUUGAACCCAAACCUCACCACUCAAUCAUAAAUGGUUCCACAAGAACACCAAAGCAGAUGAAGGGGUUCCAUUGUAAGUAACGAUGCCCAAAAGCCCAAAAAACUGAAUAUAAGAUUCAAACAAAAGGGAAUUUGUCUUUGUGUAGAAGAUGAAGGAAGGAGCAAGUCACAAUUUAAUGAGAAAGAGAAACACCUUUGAUGCUCAGUUCUGGAGUUCUAGAGAGAGUUGAGAGAUAGAGAGAGACGAAGAGAGAAUGAAAGAAAAGUUGCUCUGUGGGUUUUUCUUUUUUUUUUGGCCUUUGGAUUGCUUCACUAACACGUGUCCUUCAUCUAUUUAAAAAAUGGAGAAAACAGGAGAGUAUUGAACGGGAGGUGAGCCUGUCCCUAAUUAUAUAUAACCAUUAUCAUCUCCUGCUAAAACCCUCAAAUACACCAUCGCAAUGAAAACCAAAGGUUUUAGCGUAGGUAGAACCCGCCCACAACAACUCAAAAACCCAGAACUGAGAACUGAAAGCUGAGAGAGAGAGAGAGAGAGAGAUGUGUGGAAUAGCUUUGAUCAUCUCUGGAACUUGUAUUGACUUGUCAUCUCUGCUUCUCGACUCUGUACCUUCAGCCUCCUCUACUUCCAUUGAUGACCAACUGGUAUUCUCGAUAGAUGAUCUUAAAGCAGCUCUAGGGAGGAGGGGUCCUGAUAGCUUGGGUAGCAAGAAGGUUUUCCUUUAUUCAAAGACUUCAAGCUCCAUUGAGGAGCGAGAAAUUGUAUCCUUCACUGGUGGAGAAGAGGCAAAAGAAAGGGACGAGUCCUGUUCACAACGUGUUGAGGAGAAAAAUGAUUGUUGCUUUGAUACACAUGGACAAACUCGUGAGGUAGAGAAUGGUUUUAGCAUGUCCAAUGUUGUGGCAGAACUUCACUUUAUUGGUGCCACAUUACAGCUCCGGGGGAUAAAUCCUAUUGUUCAGCCCUUGAUGGAUACAUAUGGGAAUAUUUUUGUGUAUAAUGGAGAAAUAUUUGGAGGAAUUAACAUUGAUAGUGAUAGCAAUGAUACUGAAAUUCUAAUGCAAGCUCUUGGAAACUGCUGCUCGUGCAAUUCCCAUUUGCACACAAGAACAAGCUACUGUCUUGAAAAAGGAAAAAGUUCUGUUCCAGAGGUUCUCUCUACAAUUAAGGGGCCAUGGGCUGUCAUCUAUUGGCAGGAAAGUUCAAGAACCCUGUGGUUUGGUCGAGAUGCAUUUGGCAGACGGAGCCUUCUUGUUCACUGGCCUACUUUGGAGGACCAUCGGUUCCUGCUAUCUUCUUUAUCACCAUUUUCUUCCACUGAGGAGAGUUCUGGCUUUGAAGCUGAAAAUGAAAUUAACAACCACAAUUUCUGGGAAGAGCUUACAUGUGGGAUAUACAGCAUAUCUUUUGAUGCUCCAAAAUUGGAUGGGUGCCUGGUUGGUAAGGUCAGAAAACAUGAAUGGACAAAUUCCAUGCUAAAAGAACUGAUUGUUUGGGAGAGAACUUCUGUUGAACCAAAACCCGAAGAUUUAUACUCUUCUCAUGGCAAGACUCUUAUGGAGCAACAUGAUGUGCAUUCAGCUUGUUCAAAUAUAUUGCCAUCCAAAUCAGGGCCCAUCCAAGCUUCAAUUUCAGGGAUGGCAGAGACUGUACUGUUUGCUUUAAGGGAAUCUGUGAUGCGGCGCACUUCACUGCAUAGAAUAUUUAAGGCAGUUACUUGUGAUAUAAGACAAGAGGUACUCACACCAGUGGCAGUUCUUUUCUCUGGAGGAUUAGAUUCUAUGAUACUUUCAGCAUUACUAGAUGAAUGCCUUGAUCCCAGCUAUGAGAUUGAUCUACUUAAUGUGAGUUUUGACGGUCAGUCUGCUCCUGAUAGAAUCUCUGCCAAGGCAGGAGUAAUGGAGUUGAGAAGAAUUGCACCCUUGAGAAGGUGGAAACUUGUAGAGAUUGAUGCUGAUUUAUCAACAUUGGACCUUGAAACAAAGCACGUCAUGUCACUAAUAAAUCCUGCAAAUACUUAUAUGGACCUGAAUAUAGGAAUAGCUUUAUGGCUGGCUGCUAGAGGCAGUGGCUGGGUGUAUGAAGGAAAUAACAAUAAUUUUGAUAAGGAUCUUCAGUGCAAUGAACGUGUUAAAUACAAGUCAAAGGCCAGGAUUGUCCUUGUUGGUUCUGGUGCUGAUGAGCAAUGUGCUGGAUAUGGUAGGCAUAAAACAAAAUAUCGAAAGGGAAGUUGGCUUGGGCUACAUGAGGAAAUGAAAUUGGACAUGCAAAGAAUUUGGAAGAGAAACCUAGGAAGAGAUGACAGAUGUAUUGCUGAUAAUGGGAAGGAGGCUAGAUUUCCUUUCUUGGAUGAAGAUGUUAUAAGGACUUUGCUUGAUAUUCCUCUGUGGGAGAUUGCCAACCUUGAUCAACCUAGUGGAAUUGGUGAUAAAAAGAUUCUGAGAGAGGUUGCUCGAUUGCUUGGUUUAUAUGAAGCAGCAGUUCUGCCCAAAAGAGCAAUUCAGUUUGGUUCAAGAAUUGCGAGGGAGUCAAAUCGAAAGAAUUUUGGUAGUAACCGUGCGGCAAAUCAGGCGUCUGCUGGAAGUGCAGUAAUUCAAUUGCCAUCAAACUUGACUUAAUACCGCCCUUGGGUUAAUUCUUCGCAUGUGUUCCUCUCUUUCUUUCUGGAGCUUUGAUCUGCUUCAAUCUGGAGUUCCUGCAUUUUUGGUCUCGGCUCUAUAAAUGAAUGAUGACAAUGAGCCAUCACCAACAUUGUUUUUGUGCACAUGCACACAGAUCUCCGUUCCUCCAGCAUCAUAAAGCACCUUAUUACUUUGUAACUAGAAUUUAAAUGAUUUUGUUGUAUGAAUUGAGAUUCGAGAAGAUUUAGUCUUUUUAAUUGAUCCUGAGUUAUUCUUUAAUUAGAGUUGGAAGAGUCAUUUCACAG